GUUGCUAUCACGUUACCAGUCUUGGGAACAGCUUCGCAAUCAGGGGACAGCUCUGCAAGAAGAAUUGGCCGCGCUCCCAGGGCCCAGCAACGCAGCGGCCGGAGCAGCGCCGGCUCACAUCCACAACGCCGAAGCAGAGGCACCGGAGGAAAUUGACAAUGCAACGCCACUGCAGCACACCGGCCCUCCCGCCAUGCCCGGUACGGGGUCGCCGGCAAUCGCAAGGGCAGCGCCGGCGAGGGACGUGGGUGUGGCACCCAGCGCCGUAUCCGUCCCACCGACAGCGGUUGUACGGGCUCUCGAUCGCCUUGAGAACGCGGGCUUGAGCGAUGCAGCUCGCAAAGUACGGCGCCUCGCGAGCCUGGAGCUGGCAAGACGGGAAAUCAGGGAGCCUGUAUCCGCUGACGAGGCAGCGGAAGUCUGGAGGACGGUGCUAGAGCGGCAGCUGGCGGCUCUGCAGGACGAAGAAGACAGCGAACAGCACCAGCCUCAGCGCCAGCAACGGCAGCAGCAGCUAUUGCCGCAAGACCGGCGGCCGGCAGUCGCCACCCUGCAGAACGACCAACGGCACCCUGCCAUAGGGAACGCACGCUGGAGUGCCGGCCUGAACCUACAGGGCCUUCCCGGCAGCAGCAGGCUGCAAGCAUUUGGGGCAGCGUCAGCAGGCCUGGGAGGCCUAGGGGGACUGGGCCUCACGCUGGGGGGCAGUGGCGGGGACUUAAACAGCAACUCUUCAGUGCUGGGCCUCGGCCACCUACCCCUCGGCUCAGCACCGCCGUCCGCUCUGGGCCCCUGGCGGCAACCGUUCAGCGUGAAGGGGCCUGGGCAGACGUGUUCGACCGCAUCCCAGGCCUCAGCAGCCUGGUCUCGCUGGCGGACGUCAGCUUCGCAUCCCGGGACCAGGCGACCUUCACGCACAAGGCAGACAGUCAUCUCCGCUCCCUGCAGCAUCUCGCGUCCCAGCUGGAAGCGGCCAAACACUGCGCAUCCUCUUCGGAGGAGCUCUCGCUGCUCUUGGCCAAGGCCGCGCAGGUGUGGGAGGAGGCUUUUCGUACACAAGAGGUCCUCCGGCAGGUGCAGAAUGCAGCCCGUGUCCUGCCCUUCAAGGACGUCAUGGACGUAUUCAGCAAGGGCUCUCCCCUCACACAGCAGUUCCUAGCCGCCCUGUCGCAAUUUACGGACAGCCAGCGCCAGCACCUCUUCGGGAAGUUCGCCUCAGCCGCCGCUCCCGCGGCGGCUUACCCGCCGCCCCCGCCUCUUCCACUCCCGCCGGCCCCAGCACAGCCCCGUGCCCCACGCGACAACGGCUGCUUCUACUGCAAGAGGCCCGGACACAGCUACCGCGGCGGCCGAGAGUUGCGGUCGCUGGAACCUGGGGCCCAAACGGCAGCAUUCGCAGAAUGCGCCAAGCAGGAGCAGGCAGCCCGCCGGCCGGCUUAGGACGCGGCAGCGUCAGCUGGGGGCGAGGUCGCCCCGGCGCCAACGGCGCCCCCCCUCCAUCCAGCCGCCGGCAGUACGGCCGGCGGUGGGGCAGCUGACGCAAAUACGGCAGGGAUGGAGACACCAGAAG